AACUCGCAUUGCAUCUAAAAUAAAAAACAAACACACACACCAAAUCAUUAUCUCCAACAAAAAAAUGUCAAUGGAAUACUACACCUUUUCAUUAUUGUUUUUCCUCCCUAUAAUCUUCAACAUCAUAUACUCAAGAUGGACGACCAAAUCCACACUACCACCGGGUCCGAAACCAUUGCCUAUUAUAGGCAACAUCCAUCAACUCGGUAACAUGCCUCAUCGUGCUGUUGCCAAUCUUUCAAAAAUUUACGGUCCAAUAAUGACUUUAAAAUUAGGAAGUCGCACAACAAUUGUAAUUUCAUCCUCAAAAAUACUCCAUGAUGUGUUCCUCAAACAUGAUUUAGCCUUUUCAGGUAGAGUUGUUCCUCAAGCAGGAAAAACACUUAAUCAUGACAAAAUCUCCGUAAUUUGGCUCCCUGUAUGCCCCAAAUGGCGCCAACUACGAAAAAUUGCAACAAUUCAAUUAUUUACAACCCAAAAACUAGACGCAAGCCGAUUUUUAAGAGAGAAAAUUAUGAAAGAGCUAGUCGAGUAUGUACAAAAAUGUUGUGAGACUCGUGUACCAGUUGAUAUAGGUAAGGCCGGAUUCACUACUACGCUAAAUUUGUUGUCAAAUACGCUUUUCUCGAAGAAUUUGGCUAGCUAUGUUUCUUCAUAUCCACAAGAGUUUAGGGAUCUUGUUACUCAUCUAUCCGAAGAGGCUGGAAAGCCUAAUGUUUCUGAUUUUUUUCCUUUACUUGGAAAUUUGGAUUUGCAAGGAGUGUUGAAAAGAUGUACCAUUACUUAUAACAAGAUUUUUGCUAUUUUUGAUGAAAUUAUUGAUGCAAGGUUGAAAGGAAAUUCAAAGGGAAUAAAUGAUGAUGUCUUAAAAACUCUACUCAAGCUUGUUGAAGAUCAAGAAUUGAGCCUUGAUGAGGUUAAGCAUUUGCUCUUUGAUUUAUUUGUUGCGGGCACAGACACAACCAGUAAUACAUUAGAAUGGGCUAUGACAGAAUUAUUACGAAAUUCUGAAAAGAUGUCAAAAGUUCAAAUUGAGAUGGACAAAGUGCUAGACACUCAAGAACAAUUGCAAGAAUCAGACAUCGCAAAACUACCAUAUCUUCAGGCAGUAGUGAAAGAAACAUUUAGAUUACAUGCACCAACUCCAUUUUUGGUGCCCCAUAAGAGCGAAAAUGAUGUUCAACUAGGUGGCUAUUUAGUACCCAAAAACUCAAGUAUUUGGGUAAAUAUUUGGUCAAUCAAUCGUGAAUCAAGUGUUUGGUCAAAUCCAGAAAUGUUUAUUCCUGAAAGAUUUUUGGAGAAAGAAAUAGAUAUCAAAGGAAGAAAUUUUGAGCUUAUACCCUUUGGAUCAGGAAGAAGAAUAUGUCCAGGUAUGCCUUUGGCUCAAAGAAUGUUGCAUCUGAUGUUAGCGACCCUUCUUAAAUCUUUCAAUUGGAAGCAUGUUUAUGAGAAUGGUGCAAAAGAGAUAAAUAUGGAAGAAAAGUUUGGGAUUACACUACAAAAACUUGAGCCACUUCAGGCUAUUCCAGUUCCUAAGUGAUCUAUAUGGACUAGAUUUUAUAUCCCAAAAAUAAUAAUCAGAAAAAGAUAGGUUUUUUUAUGCAUUCUGCAUAUAUGUGGGUUGUCGAGAUGUCUCAACUAGUGGUUUGUUUCUGUAGUAAAAUAAGAAUAUUUCCAAAAUUAUUUUAGUAAACAUAUUAUAUUGUAAUUAUAUUUUUCCUUAUUUUUAGCUUUAUGUAUAAACACACGGUGUUAUCAAAAUUUAAAAAUUAAUGUAAAACAGUAUUCAUAAACCAACUUCCACAAUUUAAUUCUCUUCA